AUAACGCGCGCAGUCUCGCUAUUGAACGUACGUCCCUCACGAUUGGUUUCCGCGGAAAACCGGAACGCAUUCUAAACUUUUUGUUUCUUUAAAAGAAAAGCACUGAAAUGUAUACCAUCGCUGAGGCCACUCUGGCAUUCGUUGUUCUCUACCUUUUCUCGUUCCUCUUCGAAGUUGUUACUGGAUUAGUGGCGUAAAACCCAAAAAUGUUAUAAUAUUUCCAAAAAUGUGAUAUUUUAUUUAGUUUAUUAAUAGUUUUAAGGCAUAAAUUUAGUCAACACGUCAAUGCAAAUAUACAUAAUUUUAUUAUUUAUUAAAAAUUUAGUAACAUAAAGCCACCAAAUUACCAAGUUAAGUAUCUUCUCAUCAAUAAACGGUAAGUUUCAUUAAUAUUAUUUUAGCUUUUUAACUGUUUCUGACAACUUAUUAAAUUAGUUUAAGGUAUUAGUUAACAUAGAAGUGAAAUGAGCACAACGUAACCAAAUUAUUUAUGUGACGACACAAAACUAUGAAUCCAACUUUCCAAAAAAUCCAACAAAAGUUUUUUAAACCGGUUCGCGGGCUUGGCAACCUGUUGGCGCCAUCUGUCGUAACUUUGAAUUAACAAUUAAAGAAGGUCACUGGUUGAGAUGUUUCUACAUAGAUAUUUGAUCAAAUAACUAGUAAUCAAUUAAGAGAUCUCAAAAUAAACCAAUUUCUUGAAUAAUUUUAUUUUAUGAGAGCAAUUUUGGUCUUGAACAAUUUUUUACUUUUAUAUUAUUCGGUGUUUCCCACAGAAGGAUUAGGUGUUUCCCACAGAAGGAUUAGGUGUUUCCGAACAAAUAAUUUAAAAAAGUGUCUGUCAGUGUCAAUCAACUGUCAGUAAACUCAAAAACAGCUGAUCACAGCAGCUGAUGAUGGGAUGGAUUGUUGUUUGUAUUUAGUGAAAAAAUUGAAUUAAAAAUGAGAUUUACGCGAGUGUGUAAUCGAAUAUACAGUAACAGAAACUUAGUGGUUUGCAAAUGCAGUCAUUCAACUGCUGCAGACAAACAAUGGCAAAGUGUUGUGGGGUUAGAAGUCCAUGCGCAGCUUAGUAGUGAAUCUAAACUCUUUUCUGGUGCUGAGAACACUUUUGGUGGGCUAGUGAACAAUUGUGUGUCGUUAUUUGACGCGGCUAUACCGGGAACAUUGCCUGUGUUGAACAGAAAAUGCGUGGAGUUAGGGUUGAUGACCGCGUUGGCUCUCUCAUGCAAGAUUAACGAAGUGUCUACAUUUGAUAGAAAACAUUAUUUCUACGCCGACCUGCCCUCUGGUUAUCAGAUUACUCAGCAAAGAGCACCUUUGGCUAGCGAUGGCGUUAUAAAUUUUCAGGUAUUUACACCUGGAGUCCAUAAGAAGCCAUACAAGAAGAGUUCAAAGAUCAAGCAAAUUCAACUCGAGCAGGACAGCGGCAAGUCACUUCAUGACGUUGAGCUUAAACGCAGUCUCGUAGACCUGAACAGAGCUGGCGCACCGCUUAUUGAACUUGUAUUCGAGCCUGACUUAGAAGAUGGAGAAGAAGCGGCAGCGUUGGUCAAAGAGCUGGUGCUCAUCGUCCAGAGGCUUGGGGCUUGCUCGGGCCGCAUGGAGGAGGGCGCCUUGCGAGUUGACGCCAACGUGUCGCUGCGCAGGCCUGGGGCGCCACUGUCGACCAGGACCGAGAUAAAGAACAUCGGCUCGGUGCGUGGCGUGGCGGUGGCGAUCCGACACGAGAUCGAGCGGCAGCGCGGAAUACUGGACGCGGGCGGGACGAUCGUGAACCAGACACGAGCGUGGGACGCCGUCAACAAGGUCACCGUGGCUAUGCGGGACAAGGAAGUCGUUCAGGACUACAGAUUUAUGCCUGAGCCGAACCUCCCACCGCUCCGAGUCAACCUGCGGUCCAAAGAAGACGCCCGUGACGUCAUCAGCGUGCCCCUCAUCCAAGACAGGAUCCCAGAACUACCCGAAGAGACCCGCAGGAGACUCACAGAGGACUUCCAACUCAGGCCAGAAACAACUGUUCAACUCGUCAACGAGCCAGUACUACUAGAAUACUUUAAAGAACUUACAACAAAUGCUAGAAACCCCAACAAAGUGGCCAACCUUCUUCUGAACGACCUUUUAACUGUUCUAAACAAAAAUAAACUUGAUGUAGAAGACUGUCCUAUAACAAACAAACAAAUGAGCGAGCUAGUAGACCUGUUGUUCAACAAAGAAAUCAAUUUAGAUGUGUUUAGAAAAGUAUUAGACGCCCUUGUUGUUGACGCAGACAACGAUUUGUCGCCUUCAGAUUUGAUCAAAAAGGAAGGAUGGGCUUUAGUUACUGACACGGAGAAUAUAAGUAAACUAUGUAAAGAUAUUAUAGAAAACAAUCCAAAACUAGUGAAACAGUACAGAGAUGGGAAGACCAAAGUUUUCAAAGCAUUAUUAGGGAUGUUAGCAAAGAAUUCUCAGAACAAAAUCGACAUGGCGCAGGCUACAAAGAUAUUGGAAGAUUUACUUAAAAAGUGAUAUUUUAUAGUCUUUAUGGUUAAGAGAAAUAAAAGAUUUGAAUUGUA